AUGGUUCAGAGGUUUUGGGCUGAUUACAUAGAUAUAUUUACAGCAAGCCGGCCUCGUGGGACGGAAAUAAAGGAGCCGGCGAUGCAGGCCAUGCGGCUGCGCACCCUCAUGCUCUGUGAGGAACUCUCACUUCCUUCGUUUCAAGUUAUAGUGGUAAACGCAGAUGUGGGAUGUGACCAUUGUCAAGACAGAGUCUCUAAGAUUGUCUCCAAGAUGACCGGAAUAGAAGAAUAUGUGGUUGAUGUGAAGAACAAGCAGGUCAUGGCACGAGGUGACUUUAAACCACGUUUGGUUUCUCAUCAACAAGUGAAGAACGUCGCCUCUCAAACUCUCUCCCAUAACGCCAAACGCUUUUUCCGACCACUAAACCUCUUCCUUCGCUCAAUAUUCUCCAUUUGUUUAUGUCCAAAUACACUUUAAGUUCCGUCACUUACUGCCAAACUCAUUACACUAAUCAAUAGUGGUACAAAUCAAUUAAUAUCAUUGCAGGGUGAUGGUAUGUAACACACAUAGUUCACAUGGUCAAUGUUUAAU